ACCUUUGCCGCGAUCUUGCAGCCCGGGCGGUUUGGGCGGCCUCAGGCCCCGCGCCCUGGCCCGGGAAGUCGGCUUGCGCAACGUGCAAAAGGGAGGCGCGAUGCCGCUAGAGGGCUCCGGCUAUUGUCAAAAAAAGAAGAAGAAAAAAAGGCCGAGUCGGUUCCCAUGCAUAGAUUUUCCCUUCUUUCGCCGCCGCCGCUGCUGACGAUUUUGGGGGCUGAACUUCCCAGGAGGAGAGUGCGAAGUGCGCGUGCGGCUCCCCAGGGACUCAGUCCUGAAGCCAGAGGCAGCAGGGGCUUUCUGCAGAAGUGGCUGAUGUAUUUUGCUGAGAUACAGUGGGCCCUUCUGGACCCAUGCCAGAGACCUGUCUACAGGGACAUUGGGCAGGACAAUUAUGGGACCCUGCUUUCACUAGACACUGGAACCAUGAACCCAAAUCCUCAGCACGCAGGUGCCGAGACCACACAGGCACCAAAGGAGUUACCAGGACGGUCCGAAGGCUCCCUUUACUUGGGUCCAGCUGGGCAUCAAGGUGAGGAUGCGGGGAAGGGAUGGACCAAACCACCUCUUUUUCCCUCCAUGCCUAAAGACAACCCAUGCAUCCCCCCCAGGGUAUACAUGGGGCCCCACCAGAAUUUGUGUGUCCAGUGUGGGGAUAGCCUCAGCCAGGCUCAGGAGAGCCUCAACCGAGCCCAGCAGAGCCUCAACCGAGCCCAGCAGAGCCUCAAUCAAGCUCAGCAUAUCAUUAACCAGCCCCAGAAAGCACAGUGUUCCAGCAGUAAGCUCUACCCCUGUUUGGACUGCGGGAAAAGUUUUGCAGUGAGCUCCCACCUCACCAUUCACAGGAGAACCCACACGGGCGAGAAGCCAUACGCGUGCAACGACUGCGGGAAAAGGUUCAGCCAGAGCUCAACCCUCGUUCUCCACCGCCGCAUCCACACCGGGGAGAAACCUUACAAGUGCACCGAUUGUGGGAAGAGCUUUUCAGUGAGCUCCCAUCUGACCAAGCACCAGAGAAUCCACACGGGAGAGAAGCCGUACGAAUGCCAGGUUUGUGGGAAAAGGUUCAGCCAGAGCUCUACUCUCAUCUUGCACCAGAGAAUCCACACGGGGGAGAGGCCUUAUAAAUGUGAUGAGUGUGGGAAGACCUUCAGCGUCAGCUCCCACCUCACGAUCCACCAGAGAAUCCACUCUGGGGAGAAGCCGUAUCGCUGCAUGGAGUGUGGGAAAAGUUUUCGCCAGAGGUCAGGCCUCAGCACCCAUCAGAAAGUCCAUAUGGUGGCCCUUCAGAGAUCUUACAAGUGAAGGUUGGACCCCCUAACCCACCCACUGAUUCCUGUCAAAAGUUCCUAUUUCACUAUUAAAAGCAGACCAACAGGGAGGGAGGAACUGACUACAUUUUUUAAAAAUCCAGAAUUCA